CCUAAUUCCUCUUCUGUUAUUGCAUCAUCAUUUUUAUUCUCAUUCUGAUUCACAUCCGCACAGUUUAUGACAUGGAGUCGAUCCCUUCUUCCUUUGACCAUGUUUUUUCCAUCCCAGAACUGGCAACUCAUGUUGGUCAGUAUUUGCGACCCUUUGAGCUGAGAACGCUGUCCCUCCUCUCUAGGACCCUCUUCAACACCUUUAGACCAUCACUACGACUCUCAAUCUCAUCCUUGACAUUUACUUCCUCUUCAGGCGAAAUAAACAAUAUCCGAUCGACAUCGAUCUUUUGCCCUCAAGAUAUCAGUUCCUUAGCACCCCGCACUCGAGCAUUGAAAUUGGAUCUUCAUCAUGAAGAUGACUGCCCUAAACAAACGGCUCUACUAGAUACAGUCUUCAGACACUGGGGAAGCACCGAACAGAGGAGACACCUUUCUUCACUCCAUAUUGAGUAUUGGGGCAAUGAAAGCAGUGUUCUACAUAAAGUCAUAGUCAAUAUUCCGAUGAUCCAAGAUCUAUCCGUUACAUUCAUGGCUGCUAUGGAGGUUAAUGUGCUGCCAAAUACUCUCAUUGAUUUAAGUAAAACAAUGGGUCCACUGGCUUUAAAAACGCUUAUACUCGAAAGCAGAAUCCAGAAUAGAAGCAAGUAUAUAGGCUGGUCAGCAUUCACACGUAUGUUACAAGCGUGUCCAGAUCUUCAGGAACUCAAUUUCAAGAAUAUCCCAUUUGCUGCUGUUGAUAUGCGUGGUGACAUUGAGAACGACGAUGUUAUUGAUGAGGACAACAGUGAAAACGCUGAUAUUCAUAACAUUAAAAAUAUGGAUUUGAAGCCCCAGUUCAUGACAGUUACGCGAUCUUUCCCGUCUAUGAAUAGUCUAAAGUUUUGGAGCUGUACUAUCACCAUGAAGCAAAUCGUUAGUAUGGAUAAACUCUUCCCAAGGCUUCAAAAACUAGAAGUGAGGAGCAAUACCGAGGCAUGGACUGAGGCUCUGACUAAGCACGCUGCUAUCCGUUCUACAACAACCCCAAGCACCAGCACAAAUUUCAAUAUAAAGCAGGCUAUUUUUCAAGAGCUGAAAAGUCUUACAAUUUGGAUUGAGCAUCAAAGUGGUCGCAUACGACUCAUGGAUCUCGUUCAAGGUCGGCCCUAUCUAACAAGCCUCAGAACCGAUCUGCUGCCGACGCUCAGGAAUGGCCUCCUGGAGUUUGCAGAGUAUUGUUCCAGUUUAAAUAAUCCUAGUCCUGGUUCAACCACAGAGACCACGGAUACUUCAUCGCCUUAUCCUGUUGCCAAUGCGGCAACUAAUGUAAGACAUAAGUUCAAGCGUCUAGCCAUCCAGACUUACGCAAGCCCACCCAUGUCAACUGAGGCUUUAGAGAGGUUUUACGGAGCUUCAUGUUUCCAGGAAUUGGAGUAUAUUUUUAUACAGGCUCGACCCUUGACGAUGAAUCUAUUCCCAUUUGCAAGAACCCUCAAAAGCCUCGAGCUCGGAGGACAUCAUGCCCCAAUGAAUGAUAUUGAGUGUACCACCCUGAACGAGAUCCUACAACGACUACCUGCACUUGAAAACUUAAGGAUCGAACGAUAUCUGGAGAACUAUAGCUUAUUUUCAGGGUUGGGGUUCAAUGAUGGACCAUUUCUUCAUGAACUCAAAGUUUACAUUUAUCAUAAGGCAGGAAAUGCUGUUAUACCUCAAAAUGAAAAGAUGGAGGUAUUUGAUUUGGACUUACUUGAGCGGCAGGUGUUAGAGAGAUUCAGAUUAUUGGAAAGAUUGAAGCUCGGCGUCCAUCGUUCUUUGAGUUUACCAGAGCCCGAUGUUCUUAAGCAAUGGAGAGGAACCCUCUGGGAGAAGCGUGGUUGCAAAAUACCGCAAAUUGACUUUGUGGUCCGAUACGAUGCCAUCUGAAUGAAUCCAGUUGAUCACAGAUAAACCAUAAUUACAC